AUGGCACAGACUCAGAAGUCGAGAUACUUGAAGACGGGGGCCAUCAUUGGUUUCCUGUUGAUGUUGAUGUUUUGGCUUUCUCCGUCGAAGCCUUCGGUCUCUAGCUUUGGAAAUGGACAAACAUCUUCAGGCGCAUCCCCUCUUACGUCCAAAUGUUCUAAGUCUUACGACCCAUCCAAGCCUUUGAUCCAGUACGCGCUCAUGAUCGAUGCCGGAAGCACGGGCUCUCGGAUCCAUGUGUACAAAUUCAACAACUGCGGCCCUACCCCCGAACUUGAGCACGAAGAGUUCCAGCAGACGGAGAAGAAAACAGGUGGCUCUGGCUUGAGUUCCUUCAAGGAGGAUGCCGAAGGAGCAGCCAAGAGUCUGGACCCUCUCAUGGAGGUGGCUCUCAAGACCGUCCCUGACGAGUACAAGUCUUGCUCGCCGGUCGCUGUAAAGGCUACGGCUGGAUUGCGCAUGCUUGGACCUGACUUGAGUCGCAACAUCCUGGAAGCAGUGAGAACUCGUCUGGAAACCGUUUACCCCUUCCCUGUUGUCUCCAGGGAGAAGGGAGGUAUUGAGAUCAUGGAUGGCACUGAUGAGGGUGUUUACGCUUGGAUCACCACGAACUAUCUCCUGGGCAAGAUCGGUGGUCCUGACGAGACUCCCACCGCUGCGGUGUUCGACUUGGGUGGUGGCUCGACUCAGAUUGUGUUCCAGCCAACCUUUGAGAAGUCUCCUGCUGGCGGCAUGCCGCAGAAAUUGGCCGAGGGUGAUCACAAAUACGCUCUCCAGUUUGGUGGACGUUACUUCGAACUUUAUCAACACUCCCACCUCGGCUAUGGACUUAUGGCCGCGCGCGAGGCUAUCCACAAGGCUGUCGUUGAGGCUAGGUUGGCCCUGACCCCCAAGGAUCUGUCCUGGGUGAAGCAGCCAAUUUCCAACCCAUGUAUCGGACCUGGAAUGGAGCGCGAUGUGACACUGACUUUUGAUGAAACACACGCUCUUGGAAAGGAGGUCACCGUCAAAAUGGCUGGACCCAAGGAAUCGACUGCGCCUGCGCAGUGCCGAGGUCUGGCUGAGAAAAUCUUGAAAAAGGACGCUGACUGCAAGCUGGCCCCGUGCUCCUUCAACGGUGUCCACCAGCCUUCUCUGGCCAAGACGUUUGCAAGGGAAGAUGUCUACAUCUUCUCCUACUUCUUCGACCGCACGAAGCCUCUGGGCAUGCCCGACUCUUUCACCUUGGAGGAGUUGCACCAACUGACUUCCACCGUUUGCGCUGGAGAGUCCAACUGGCAGGUCUUUGAGGGAAUCGAGGGCGCUUUGCCUGAGCUGCGCGAUCGCCCCGAGUGGUGUUUGGAUCUCAACUUCAUGGUGGGCUUGUUACACACCGGCUAUGAAAUGCCUUUGUCUCGCGAGGUCAAGAUUGCCAAGAAGAUCAAGAACAACGAGCUGGGCUGGUGUCUUGGAGCUAGCUUGCCUCUUCUGAGCCAGGACUCUGGCUGGACUUGCCGUGUCAAGGAAAUCUCAUAA